AUGAAGAGCACCAGGGUAACUUCUUCUCAGAUUCUGAACGAUGAAAACAGAGACAUAAGUGAGCAUCUUCGUAACCAUAUUCACUUAACCAACUCUAUUCACUUGAAGAACCAUAUGCACAACAACAAACAAGGUCCGGUUUCAACAGACCGGUCUCUUCUUAUGAGAGAUCUCGUCCUUCUUCAGAGAUCAAGAUCUCUCAGAGACCCAUCAGCGAACUCUCCUUCUGUGAUGGUUCAUAAGGAAGGAAGAAGCAGAAGAAAAAGAAGAUCCGUUGAUCAGGAUGUAGUUAAGAAAUCUGGUCUUAAGUUGUCUAGUUCAUCUCCAGUUUUGAACUUUGGUACUUCUAAAGUGACUCCUUCUGAUGAAAGAUGUGAUGCGUUGAGUGAGAAGAGUUACGCAACUGAGGUUUAUAGCGUUGCUUCUGUUACAUCAAGAGAUAAGGCUAAUGUCAAGACUCUGUCUGAUCAGUUAAACGAGGUUUUAGGUGGUGAUAGUGAUGAUGUGGUUUCUAGUAACGUUCGAGGGCGUAGAAGACGGAAGUUUAGAGGAGACAGGAGAGCCAGAAGGGAGGUUACCGUUAGAGACAAUGUCGGUGAGAAGUAUGAGGAAGAAGAAGGAAGACAAGGCAUGACCAGAGCUGUUCCAAGAAACGGUUGUGGACUUCCGUUUAAUUGGUCAAGAAUCCAUCAUAGAGGCAGAACUUUCCUUGAUAUAGCUGGUAGGAGUUUAUCUUGUGGAAUGUCUGAUUCAAAAGGAAGGAAAGGCUUAACCGAUAUGCCAAUGUCUUCAGCUUCAAGCUCAUCUUUCACCAAACUUGAUCACGAGGCGUUACAUAGUGCAGACAAUGAAGACUGGGAGCAUGAUUACUCCGGAGAGUUGGGUGUUUUCGCUGACGAUUUACUCAAGAAUGGUGAGAAACACAGCAGCAGAAAUGCUCGGCGGCAUCAAAGCUUUACGCAGAAAUAUGCUCCAAGAACGUUCCGGGAUGUCGUUGGACAGAGCCUGGUCGUACAGGCUCUGUCCAACGCUGUUGCUAAACGGAGAGUGGGGCUUCUUUAUGUCUUCCACGGUCCGAAUGGGACCGGGAAAACAUCGUGUGCACGCGUUUUCGCUAGAGCUUUGAACUGUCAUUCUACAGAACAGUCAAAGCCUUGUGGUGUCUGCAGCUCAUGUGUUUCUUAUGAUAAUGGUAAGAACAGGAACAUUCGUGAGAUGGGUCCUGUAAAAAGUUUUGACUUCGAGAAUCUGAACAUCUCUAAGCAGGAAAGGCAUCAUCAUCAUCACCUUGUGUUCAUAUUCGAUGAUUGUGAUACUAUGUCAACAGCUUGUUGGAAUUCGCUUUCGAAAGUCGUGGACCGAGCACCAAGUCGUGUUGUUUUCGUUCUUGUCUGCUCGAGUCUUGACUCUCUGCCUCACAUUGUUGUUUCGAGGUGCCAGAAGUUCUUUUUCCCUAAGCUCAAAGAUGCGGAUAUCAUCGGUUCAUUGCAAAGGAUUGUGUCAAAGGAAGAGAUUGAUAUCGAUAAAGAUGCGUUGAAGCUUGUUGCUUCGAGAUCAGAUGGUUCCUUGAGAGACGCUGAGAUGACUCUAGAACAAUUGAGUUUGCUUGGAACAAGAAUCUCUGUUCCUUUAGUUCAAGAAAUGGUUGGGUUAGUUUCUGAUGAGAAGUUAGUUGAUCUUCUUGAUUUUGCUUUAUCUGCGGAUACUGUGAACACCGUGAAGAAUCUGAGAAUGGUAAUGGAAACUGGAGUAGAACCGUUAGCUUUAAUGUCGCAGCUCGCAACCGUCAUAACCGAUAUCCUCGCCGGAAGCUAUGAUUUUGCUAAAGAUCAACAUAAAAGAAAGUUUUUCCAGCCACAACCAUUGUGUAAAGAAGAUAUGGAGAAACUGAGACAAGCUUUGAAAACGUUAUCUGAAUCAGAGAAACAGUUGAGAGUAUCAAACGAUAAACUAACUUGGCUAACUGCUGCGUUGCUCCAGCUAGCUCCUGACCAACGAUACUUGCUUCCUCCUCCUGGUUCUUCUGCUGAUUCUAGCUUCAACCGUAGUCCGUUAAUGGAUCCUAGUCCUUGUAACGACGUUAGAGGUCAUAGUGGAGAAAGUUUCAGUAUCAUAAACCGACCUUCGGUUGAAGAUAUUUGGGUAGCGGUUGUAGAGAACGUUCGUGUUAGCAGUUUAAAAGAGUUUCUUUAUAAGGAAGGGAAGAUAUUUUCUAUUAGUAUCGGUUCAGCUCCUACGGUGCAGUUAAUGUUCAAUUCGCCAGUAACGAGAUUAACGGCUGAGAAUUUUAGAGAUCAUAUUUUGAGAGCGUUUGAGGCGGUUCUUGGAGCUCCGGUCACGUUAGAGAUCAGAAUCGAGUCAAAGAAAGAUCCGAGAAGAAGCGAAAUCAUGGAACUGGAGGAUGGAUGUGAAUGUGCAGUGACGCGGGAGGCGAAGGAAAACAAGAACCAGAGCAUUGUGAGAGGAAAAGUCUCGUUGAGUCAAGUGAUUAAGCAAGGUGAAGGAAACAGUUGGUCGAAACGCAAAGCUUUGUUGAUUGCGGAGAAGCUUGAACAUGAGAAUCUGAGGCUUGAAUCUAGGUCAAGAAGUUUGGUAUGUUGGAAAGCGAUGAGAAGCGUACGUCGCAAGCUAUGGAGACUGAAGGUGAGGACGAGAAGAGUGCGAUUACAUUCGUUGUGGAAGUUUGUCUCGUGUGGGAAAUGUUUACCUGUGAGAUCUCCGUCUAGAUUAUAGAUAGGCUGUUUUAUAUUCACCAAGUAUUAAAUAGUUCGUUGUUCGUUCCUUUUUUUUGUCAACUUUUUUUUUUUUUCAACUUCG